UCGUGUCGUCUCGUCACCGGUGUUUAUUUAUUUAAUUUUUCUAGUGAAUGUGAUUUAAUGAUAAAUUCCAUGAUAUUAAAACAAAUUUCCGUAUUGUGUGAUACUUCUUCAUCAAAUGUCUCGUAAGCUAUUGUUCUCAUACGCUGAGCCCAUUAUGUGGAUGAUCAGAAGUGUAUUUUGAUUGUUACGUAAAAUGUUUAAAAUCGAGUCAUACAUCACACCGAUCCUGCUUAGCUAUGUGGACAAAUAUGUACGAGACUUCAAACCGGCGGAUGCUCAGGUGUCGCUAUGGGGUGGGGGUGUGGCGCUCCACAACCUUGUGCUCAAGGCGGACGUGCUCCAGCAAGAAGUGGCGCUGCCCUUCACGCUGGUCUCCGGCCGCAUCCACGAGCUGCUCAUCCAGGUGCCGUGGACCAAGAUCAUGUCCGAGCCCAUCGUCGUCACCAUCGAUACUAUCGAAUGCGUCCUGAGUUUGAACCCGCCACCAGCCGACGAGUCUUCGUCGCCCGAGCCGCAAAGAAGGGCGCAAGUCGUGGAAGCUCCGCCGGGCUACAUGCAGGCGCUGGUGCGGCGCAUCGUCAGCAAUAUCGCGCUGCGCGUGCACCACCUCAUCGUGAAGUACGUGCAGGACGACAUCGUGCUGUCGCUCAACGUCAAGCAUCUAGCCGUGGACAGCGCGGGCAUGAACUGGGAGCCGGCUUUCGCUGACAUCGACCAAUACCAGCCGGUGAUCAGGCGUCUGGUGCGCCUGGACGACCUGACUCUGUGCCUGGACCGGGCCGACUCGGACGGCAAGAUUCGCUUCUACCAGGAGCCUUUGCUCUACCGCUGCCAACUUCAUCUCAGGGUUCUCACCCGAUUGGUGUCGGCAAAGACUCGCCGCGCGAGCAGCCUCAGCGUGCACCUUCGGUCUUCCAAGCUCGCGUGGGGCGUCACCAGCGACCAACUGAUACUCCUUCUGCGACUCCUGAGGGAGAGGCCUUUGAUGGAAGACAAGCCGCCCCCACCUAUCCCUAAAUCUUCUAUGUCCCAAAUGCAACCUCUACAUGCCACGUCAUCGAACUCGGCAGAGCCCGCGCGCCAGGGCAGCUGGUCCGACUGGGCGUGGUCGUGGCUUCCCACGUGGAUGGACCGCGAGGGCACCGCGGAGGAGACGCCUAGCCCGGCCAUGCCGAUACCAGUCCACUUUGUAGCCUACUUGGAUGAUGUGUCGCUGGUCUUCAAGGUGAUGGAGCUAGAAAGCGGAGUGCGCAAGCGGGCUCGUCCCGUUUUAGAACUGUCUGCAACUCACGCGGCCAUCAAGAGUUCCAUCCGCUCGCCGACCCUGAUAAAAUUACGUAUCGGAUUCAGAUCCAUUUCUCUGUUCUCACGCGGCAAAUGCGUCUGCGGUCAUCUUAGCUUAGACGCCUUAAAAGACGAGCCUACCUCAUACCUCCACAAGUGCCAAACUGAAGAAGAAGAGGAGCCGUGGGUGUGGCCAGAAGAAGACCUGAGUGACAUCAAAGUGGAGCUAGCGCGCGCAGCUGACGAAGAAUUGCGGUCGUCGCCAUAUGUCCCGACCGACUUUCGCUCUAUGACCGGGCAGCCCUCCCAGCCAGACAUGGGCCAAUCAGAGGAAAGCACAACCCCUUCCCCAGAGAUGACGGAGGAAAUGGACGAGCUGUGGCUCAAAAUGGCGCCGGUUUUGUACGCGGAAUACACUCACGAGCGCGCGCCGCCCGACCAGUAUACGAAUCCCUAUGAUAAUCCCCCGAUUGACUUUCAAUUCAGUGAUUGGGCCGAGGCAUGCAACAUAAAGGUGCAGCUGCGGCCGCUGGAGCUGCGAGUGUGCACUGAGCUGCUGCACCGGCUGGCCGCGCUGCAGGCGCUGCUGGCCGAGCUGCCGCCGCUGCAGGAGCCAGGUAUGACGUCACCAGCGACGCGCCCGGCCCGAGGCGGCCGCGUGACGUCAGCUGCGGCCGCUGGAGCUCUGCGGCCGCUGGAGCUGCGAGUGUGCACUGAGCUGCUGCACCGGCUGGCCGCGCUGCAGGCGCUGCUGGCCGAGCUGCCGCCGCUGCAGGAGCCAGAACUGCCAUUGCGCACGCUGACCGUAGAAGAAUGCGACUCCCUUCUCGACAACUUACCGCAGCGGCGCAUCACUAUCGACGUGCACGGGCUGCGCACGCGGCUCGUGCCUUGGGACCACUCUAUGCACGAGCGGCCGAGCGAAAUCCCUCUUACCUUGGACCUAGAAGUCCCCAAGGCUCUCUUCGUGGUUACUGGACCGUUGUACCCGCAUAGGGUGUGUUCUGCAGCAUGCCAGCUGCCCAAAGACUCGGGUCCAUUAUGGAACGGCGCUCGUCUCCACGUGUCGGGGUCGGUGACGUCAUUGCAAGCACAGCUGAGCGCGCCCGGCGACGCGCAGCCGCGACCCUGCGCACGCGCCGAUAUUAAAUUCGUGCUGCACGUCCUGCUACACAAGGCGUUCUUCAGCUCGAGAGAAAGCGUCGUGGUCAGCUACUCGGUGAAGAUACGUGAAGCGAAUAUGUGCGGCUCGGCAGCGCGGUUGCAGGCGGCGUGGCACGUGCCUCUCUCGCUUCUACGAGAGCGCGCCUCGCCGCAGCUCAAACACACCACACUAGCGCGCGACGCACUAGGCGACGAGGAGUCGGUGGCCAUCGACGUGACGCUGGAAGAGCUGGCGCUGCGAGGGUACCUCACUAGGCACGUCAACACGCACAUACUAUCUCUGCAGUCGGCGCGGGCUACUGCUUACCAUGCACCCAAAGGCGCUGAUCUCAAACAAGCUUGGCUGUUCUCUGCACCUGACACACCAACUACUACGCCGUACCUAAGAACCGCGAUCCAAUGGUGCACCACGCCGAUCCCCAACUCGUUUGACUACGUCGGCAUGUGGACGGAGCCCACGUCUUUCUGCGCGGACCCGCUGCUGAUCGCGUGGCUAGCGUACAAGCCCACCGUCAAACCAUACACAGAAUCCACGACUUACAUACCGUCAGCAAAGACGGUGCCGUCCACACAGUACUUUUUGCGACGACGCCCUACGCCACCGUCGUCCAGCGGCAAGGUGACGGCCAGCCGCAGCGGCUCGGGCGCGGAGCUGGUGCACGGGCGCGCUCGCAGCGGCGGCUCCGGCAGCGAGCCCAGCGAGCGCCGCGACAACAAGCAGAGCCAGCAGACGCAAACCCCAGCCCAGUCGAUCUGGUGGGACGGCUCGGCGCUGGUGCGUCUGCACGCCCGCCUCCGAGCAGCGUUAGUGAGUGUGGAACUCGGCCUGGCGUUGCUGUAUCUGGCCAGUACUUCGGCAAGUGCGGUUGACUGCGCCACUGUGCGGGACGCUAUGGAAAGACACGCGGCUGAAGUGCAACCCGUACUAGUGCUCAGCUUGGGCCGGCUGUCGAUGCACUCGAACUCGUCGAAGAAGCACCUGUGGCAAGAGAUCCGCCACGACGGGCCCACGUUCCUGACCAACGCCAGCGUCUCCGGCGGUCCCACUGACCAGCCCCGCCCCGAAGACGACUCGUUCCCGUGGCGGUUACGUCUCGCUGACGUGUCGUGUUACACGCUCGAGGUCCGCUUCCGGCCCGAGGUGUCGAGUCGUGACCGCAUGGGCGGUUUGAGGAGCCAGCUCAAGAUGACGCACGCCAUGCCCAAGACUAUGCUGGAGCUGAUAACCACUACUGUCACAAUAUCCGUGGUGACCCGAAGUAUGCAGAUCAGGACCUCGUUGAAGAAGGAGCCGAAGAAACAUCACAUGGAAACCAGCACUGAGGAAGAUAAACUGAAAUACUUCACUUCUGGCAUCGACUUCAAACCGUCAACUCUCAAGGAGUUCUUCCGUGGACCGGCUAAAAGAAAAAAGUCCAGACAAGAAAUGCCGAAGGAGACCCAGCCGGAGGAGCCGGCGGCGCCGACGACGGUGAGCGGGCCGGUGGUGUCGCUGGGGGUGCACUUGCACGCUGACACGCCGCCCGUGGUGCUGCGCCUCGACCACGAACAGGUACACCUGGUCGCGUCAGCUCUUCACGGGCUGCAGCACAUCGUGACGCUGUUGCAACGGCCACCUAUAGUCCCGUCUAAGUACUCCUACUCAUCCCUCGGGGGCUCGCAUCGAUCACUCAUCAGGUCUGUGUCGGAAUUAGAAGAAGUGGAGAGUGAAUCGGACACGCCAAGCGAAGAAAAAUCUGGACUGAUUUCGAUAUAUGAAUCACAAUCGCGAUCAGACAACACCUUCAAAAUGAAGACAUUCUUCUGGUUCCAAUGGGUGGUGAGCAGGGCGACCUUAGUGGUGGCGACACAGAACGUUAAGUUUGUGUUCGACGCCGACGACAUCAUGUCCACUGUGGAUCUCCAAUCACAUUAUAACCAGCUCAAAAUCAAGAUUGCUUCUGCCUCUGUGAGACACUAUGAAAGAACGGGUAGUACCGAAUGGACAGCGGGCGUGUUGGGCGGGAGAGUGCUAGAAGCGAGAGAACCAACCAACGCGAAAGAGGAGAACUACUUCAUGUCCGUAACUAUAACUCAGGCACAAAUAUCCAAUCUGCCUUCAAACUGGAAAGAAGAGUUACAUCCGAAGUUAUUGGAGCAGAAAACGGGAAUCGACAGUAUGUGGGAGAUUUACGCGACGGUGGCGCCGCUCGAGGCGGUGAUCCAGCCGACUAUCCUGGAGAAUGUUGUCUCUCUCAUACAAGAGUUUGCACCGCGGUCCUUCUGCCCUCUCAGCGCGGAGGUCGCACAAAGACCUAGCAACUGGCAGUGGCCGUUCCUCUACGUGAGUGCAGGCGGGCUGCGGCUACUCAUCACCAGUGAAGAUGAAGAUACGAAUGCAGACGACACUUUCAUGAUUGUCCUUGGGAAAGUGACCGUAAACCCGCACCCAGAGAACCCGAUAUGCAGGCGUGCCGUGGGCGCGGUGAACGACAGCGGCUGGGUCGGCAGCGGCGGGCCCUUCGAGGGCCGUCAGUACGAGGUGCUCAUCACCAACUUUAGCGUGCGCUCGGCCCAGUUCAGUCAGCUCGUCUUCCAAGAGGCAAGUGAAAAAGAGAUGAUGCAAGGUACUGUGGGAGAAAAUCCAGCUUUGAAGUGGACCCAGCCCAUUGUGUCCCCGACCAUCACGUCUAUGUUACACCCGGUGGACAUAGGCUGCGUGCUCGCGCCGGCGGUGUUCGUGACUGGCGCGCUGGCUAGCGGACCGGCCGUGGAACUGAAUCUUGUGUCGGACUGCGCGCUGGACGUCAGCGUGCAGCAAUUGGCGCUGCUGCAGCGGGUGCUGGGUGACGUCACGCACGCGCUGCACGCGCACAAAGGUCCAGGACUAGUAAUAUACGAAGAAGAUGAAAAAUGCCCAUACGCGUCAUUGCUGAUGCAGUCUACCGGUUUCGAAGACCUUCCUUCGUUACAAAGCGAUUCACUAUCUAAUGAUGAAACCCUGAAAGGCCAAGAGAGCGAAGCCGGCGGCGGCGUCGCGGGCACUAGCGGCGCGACGGAUUCCGGCGUGGACACGGCGGCCUCGCACUCCACGCUCAAGUCGAGUCCGCGCGCGCACGCCGAUCUCUCCGCCGGCCUCAAGAAGUCCAUGUCUGUCGCCUUCGUGGAUCACCUGGCCGAAGCGUCGGACUAUCUGGAGGUGUUCGUGACGAUGGGCACCAUCGAGGUGUCGCUGUAUACGGAAGACGACAGCAGUCCCGAGGUCAUCGCGCUGCGGCCUCCGCCUAUGAGCGAUUCGCCGCCGCCGCCGGAGCCCGUGCAAGUCAACGUAAUUUUCGACCAAAGCGUGCCGAACCCGGAAGACCUGAGCUCUGACGACAGCAAGACCAGGAGCCUCACGGAGACCAUUCGCCACGCGGAGGCCGCCAAGUCCAUCGUGGAUGUGCAUAACUUGGCACGCGAGCGUCGCGGCGAUGGCUGCCUGCCGCUAAUGCACGUCACACUGCACCAGCCCAACCUCUACUACUGGCGAAGGAAGGCGCAAAAGAGUCUGCAGGUGUCCCUAUUCAACGCAUGGGUGGGACUCGGCGCGGGCCUGAACGAGAAGAUGUGGAACGCGCCGCUGUUUAGCACGGCGCAGGGCGCGCCCGACCCUGUCACCGACAUCCCUCCGGCCCUCGCCACUAUGAAGGCCACGGCUCCUGUGGCUACUGGCAGCAACACGAAGGGCACCAUCCGAUUGGACGUGGAGCGGCCGGUGCAGCUCGAGGUGUGCACCGACCGGCUGCGGCGGCUUCGCGGCAUCAUGGCACUGAUUCAAGAUAAGAUUUCGCGUGCUGAAGAUAUCGAAACUCCAGUAGUGCAGUUGCCGAUCCUGUAUAGACUGCGUCGGUUUAUGAUCCAUCAAGCGAUCGAGAGCAUCACGAUACAGACGAGCCAGCUGAGCGUGUGCGGCGCAGAGGGCGCGGCGGGCUGCGACGGCGCGAGCGUGCAGCUGGCGGCGGGCGCGCGGCCCGAGCGCGUGUGCGCGCGCGCGCUGCUGUCCGCGCUGCUGCUGGCCGCCGGCCCGCCCGGGGACCGCCGCCACGUGCUGCUGCAGCCCGUGACGCUGGGCUGUGAGAUGGAAGCGGUGUGGGAGUCGUGGCGGCGAUCCGAGGGCGGCACGGCGGCGUGCGAGCCCACGGUCCGCGUGGGACUGGACCUGGACCGCGUCACCGUGGACCUGCGGCCCGAUGAGCUGGCUGCAGCGGGCCGCAUCAGGCAGGCGCUAAGGGACCUCGCCGUCGGCACAGAUGUCAUCCCGCCGGCCCCGGCGAACAGUGCGGACACAUUCUACCGCCAGAGGGGCAGCCGCCUGCGCCAGUCGUCGUCGCUCAACUUCUCGCAGCAACACCUGCGGGGCGUCGCUCUGGAGUCCGAGCCUGGCGACCACUACUAUAAAGAUGACUUGAGGAGUGGCGCCUUCAAGAUGGUGAGCGGCGGGCAGCUGCCCAUGGCGUACCAGGUGACGCUGCACGGGCCGGCGGUCGCGUGGCGCUACCCGCAUCCGCGCGCCAUCACGCGCAUCGUCGCUUUCCCGCUGCCGGAGAUGGAGAGCGAGGUGGAAUGCGUGCUGGAGCUGUACAGCCCGAUGCUGCAGUGCUGGCACGCGCACACGUACUUCCGUCUGCCGCUGGUGGGCCCGCGGGAGAUCCAGCUGUGUACCAGCGCGCCAGACACUGUGUUCGCGCAAAUGUGGCGGUUCCGAGCUUGCGUCGAGAACGAACCCGUGAACCGGCCCUUUGAGUUCAACAUAUACAAAUACAUGCCCAAAAAAGACCCUUUGCUGUCAGACUACCAACCAGAGAUGGAGUAUCCAGUGGGUCGCGUGCCGGUGUCCGCCGAGCAGCUGUCGUGCGCGGUGCGCGUGGACUCUUACUUCGCGCCGCGCGCGCUGCCGCGCCUGCGCGUGGCCGCGCGUCUGGCCACGCUCGAGCUGCACGCGCACAACUCGCUGCCCUUCCUCUCCAGCCAGGUGACGUCGCUGGAGGGCUACUACGUGUCGCGGCCGCUGAUGCGCGGCCACCGCGUGCUGACGCUGCUGGCGCGCGACGCGGCGGCGCACGCGCACUUCGGCUCGCCCGCCGGGUACACCGCGCUAUUGGCCGCCGGCAUCUCGUCCGACAUUCUAGAUUGUGCGACCGGGACGAUGGAACAACUCGUAGACGAGUUCCGCUUCCAAGGGGCCGUAUCGGUUCCGCUGGGACAGCUCGAGCGCGCGCGGUUCCGAAGCUGUGCCACUGCCGUGCAUGUGUCACUACACGUGCCCCGGCUGAGAACUCUACACUCGCUGGCCACUGAUUGGCGCACUGCCAUGGAUCAGUACGUCUGCGAGUCUGCUUCCACGGAGAUGUUAGACGAGGAGACAGACAGCGUAGUUAACAAUCGCGAGCUGGCGGCGGUGACGGCAGCAGCCCUGGACGGCCGCGUGGCGCUGUGGAUCCACAACAGCUGCGCGGCCGCGCUGCGUUUGGGCCAGGAGGGCUCCGACGAGAUUGUGCCGCUGCAACCCGGCGCACGACUGGCCUACAGAUGGCGAAGCCCGACUGCACCGAAAAGAAUACGCCUAGCACUAGCUGGCCCAACGGCUGAUUGGCAUUGGUCUAGCAGUGUUCCAUUCACGGCGGGCACGCACCGCGUUCGUUUGGAAGACGCCGAAGCGCUCGGCGGCAAGUCCAGUCCUGGUGGUGGCGUGUACGCCCACGUCAAAGUGGAGGAAUGCGGCGCGAGGAGGAACAUGCAGCUCGCUGGACGGCUUACCCUGGCCAAUAUGCUGCGGUAUAGCUUGUUGUACAAGGUGAGGGCCCGCUGCCCCGAAGAAGUGCACUGGGGCACGGUGUGCUCGGGCGAGCUUGAGCCCGAGAGCGUCGGCCGCAGCGUCAUCGCCGGCGCCGACUGCGAGAUGGCGCUCAAGAUCAAGUUUACUACCCAUGAUAUUGGAUGGUCAGGGGACAUACCCCUGAAGGAGUGCCCUAAAGAAAAUGUUCCCUGGUUAGUCAAAGUGCCGAGCCAGGGCGAAGUCCCGUACGUGUCGGUAUGGUGCCGCGUGGUGCGCGCGCGCAGCGAUGGCCGUAUCCUAGCCACCAUCUGGCCGCUGUACGUGCUGCAUUCGCAUCUGACGCUCGACACUGAUGUCCUGAUAGUGACAGAAGCAACAGUGUCGUACCAAGACAUCGCCGACGAGACGAACUCGGCGCCGCUGGUGCAGACGGCGCCGGGGCGCGGCGCUAGCACGCACCUCGUUGCGCCCGGCACCACGGCCGCGCGCCACGAGCUGUCCUUCCAGUACAGAAACAUCGACUGCCCAGUGACUCGCGAAGCAGUCCCGAUGCACUAUGGCGUGACAGACGCGUCGGUGUUCGACAAACGCGCGCCCGUCACCACCAUCGAUGAGGUUACGGAUGAAAUACUGCAAUGGCUGGAGCGUUCGGGACGAGAUGCGACGUCCCAGUGGCCAUACUCGCUGGUGUCAAAGCACUGGCCGGCCGCCUGGCAGCCGGCGCUCAUGCAGCCGCGCUGUGACGUCACGGUUCGUUACCAAGCCGUGCGCGCCGGCGGCGGCUGCUGCCUGGAACUGCAACUGUGUCCAUUGGUGCUGCUGUGUAACGCGGCACCCAUCGCGCUGACGUUGCGCGCGCACGACGCCGCGCCGCUCUGCAAGCUCGAAUCAGGGACGGCAAUCUCGCCGCCCUCGGCCGUGCUUAAGAAACCGUUCUUCAUGUCAGUGGAGAUUGGCCGCGAGACGUUUGUCAGCGGACAGCUGCUAGUCAGCGAUGCGCCGCCCGGCCGCUACACCUCGCCGCCUCCCGGUCACGUGACCCUCGACCGCGCCUGUCCCUUCGCCAUUCACUGUAACCACAAGGUGGCGCUGCUAACAAUGUACUACGAAAUCAAACACGAAAUUAACGUGCUCGGCAUCAGUCCUACGUACGUGCUUAUCAACAGUCUAAACACUGACAUACUGGUGUCAGCAGUGGCGGUGCCAAUAGAACCAGGUAUGAAUGUGGAUCUGCGCCCGAAGACGUUCAAAGUGGUUGAACCGACCAAAGAGGGGAGCAUCCACGGCAUGCCGCUAUGUCGCUUCUGGCUGCGCGGGCGCUGGCACGGCGGCGGCGCGCCCUCUGAGCUUGCGGCGUUCCUUUGCGUGGCGCUACCCGAUGGCGGCUACCCGGCGGCCGCGCCCGUGCCCGUGAGACUCGGCGAGCCGCCGCUGAGGCGGGCCCUGUCGCUUACAGACGUGGAAAAUAAGCCGGUGGCGGUGGUGGUGACGCAAAUGCAGCACGAGGGCCGCUGGCUGGUGGCGGUGGCGCGCGACCCGUGCCCGCAGCUGCUCGUGCACAACCGCUCGCACGCGCCGCUCGCAGUCGCGCAGCCCGUCGAGGGAGGCCCGGGGGUGGUCCCGGAGUGCGCGGGCGCGCGCUGGUGGUGCAGCGUGCCGGCGGGCGGCGUGACGCACUACUCCAGCCCGGCGCACUGCGCGCGCUACCCGCCGCCGCCCGGCGCCGAGCCGCCCGCCUCGCUGCCGCUGCUGGUGCUGGCGCGGGACACAGAGUCAGGCGUACACGCUUGGAGUGCGUCGCUAGCGCUUGCGCCGAUAGACGGCGAGCAACUAGUCCAGCUGAGCGCCGGACUCACGGUCAAGGCGCGCGUGCGAUCGCAUCCGCACUCUACUCUACUCGAACUUCACGACGUGCAACAGAAUGACAUAUCAGCGAGUGACAUCAGAAAACGACUACUUGAACCAUAUUUAUCGACAGAAACUGUAUCUAUACAGAGAAAGGAAACCAAAGAAAUAGAAAAGACAAGUUCACAUAAAUUGACACGAACAGGGGCAGAUGAAAAGCUACUGGACACCGCAAUAGCCCCCGACGAAACGGCCGAGUCAGCUCUGGACGUGAUAGAAGCAGACACGGCGACGCUAGUUGAAGCCACCGAGCUGGCCAAACAGGCGUCCGGCACGCAAGUGUCUGUGCCGAUACUGCCUUUAGAACAAGAGCCGGUAGCGGGCACGUCGGCAGACAACCUGGAAGUCGUCAAGGAUGCGAAGCUGUCGGAAGAUAAAGGCGAUAUAGGCUGGUCGGAGGACGCGCCGUGGGCGGCGUGCGAGCGCGCGCGCAUCGUGGUGUCGUCGCUGGGCGUGGAGCUGGCGAGCAGCGCGGAGGCGCGCCCGCUGCUGGCAUUACACGUGUGCCGUGCGGCGCUGCUGGUGCUCAGCGAGCCCAAGAGGACAAAAACGACGCUAUCCGUAGCAGGCUUCCAAGUCGACAACCUCCAAUACGAGAGCGGACAGUUUGACUUCGGCGUGGUGGCGUCGACGCCCACAGAAACCAAAGAGAACGACGACGAACGCUGGCCGCCGCUGUGGAGCAUGCUGGUGGAACGAAACGCCUUCGACGUCAGGGAAGACACGGCGAGGGUCCUAGUCCGGCUGCAGCAAGACACGUGGCCCGUUAUGGACACCCAGUGCACGGAGCUAACCGAGGUGGAGAUAUCUCUGGGCCCGCUGGCGUUGUACGUGGAGGAUGCGUACGUGAGCGCGCUGGUGGCGCUGGCGCGGCUGGCGGCGGCGCCGGCGCCGCUGGGGGACGCCGGCGCCGCGCUGGCCGAGCUACACACGCUGCAGGCGCCGCUAAGGCUGCAGGCGCUGCAUCUGCGCCCGCUGGAUCUCACGCUUACGCUCCACACCGCUGUGCGCAUGUAUAUUGCGCUAGACCAAAGCCCGCUGCGUCUGGGCGCAUUCCGGCUGCAGCGCGUGAUGACGUCAGCGGAGCGGCUCACGCAUGCGCUGACCGUGCACUACUUGUCUGCCGCCAUUUUGGGUGCCGGUUGGGUAGUAGGCGGUCUAGAGCUGUUAGGCGCCCCGGGAGCCUUAGCGGCUCGCGUGGGCGGGGCUUCAGGCGGCGUUAGGGGCGUGGCCUCAGCGGCGGCGGCGGCGCUGGUGCGCUCGCUCAGCGCCUGGGCCGGCUCGCUCGCCAGGAACCUGGACCUGCUGGCUGGCGACGAGGAGCACGCCAGGAGAGCCGCCGCGGCCAGGAGGAAACCGCCGCCUAGUCUCAUGGCUGGCUUGAGCGCUGGGCUGACUAACUUCGCCAUCAAUAUCCUCGGUAAGAACCUUUAA